CGUUUCACUCUGCCCUUGCUGAAGCAGACACAUUGCAGUCGCUCACGCUUGCACUCACAGACAUCGACUUGCUUCCCGUAUCAAAAGCAACAAAUCUGAUUCGUGCAGCACGAGAAUACGGAGCAGGAACGAAGCGGCAACAACAAGGCAUUGAUUGACCGGCCAACAGCCGACGCUUGAGCAUGGUUAUGUGAAGGUUCGUUAUGGCUGUGGGUGAUGGUUUCUUACUUUAAGGGCAGGGCUUCCUGGGACCGUUCGUAAGAGUAAAACAAAAAAAAGAUGCUACCCAAAAGCACGCUUUCAGGAACCUAGGAGAGGAACGAAGACCACAGAUCUAAGAUGGACAUGAGGCGGAAUUUAAAAACAAGAUAAAGUCCUCUCUGAGAUGAGACAGAUCGGAUGGCACUUCACACUUGAAGCACCUGUGCAGAUUAAAGAUUUGAAUUAAACAUGCCUUCAAUGGAUUCUGAAAGGUGAAACGGGCUUUUGCUACUCACUAUGAAGAAAACUGUCAUAUGAAUGUUAAGAAAACUGGAUAUAAAGACAUGAUACGUAAUGCCAAUCAAGAAAUAACAAAUGUUGAAAACUGAGGAUAAAGAAGAAGAUGAGGCCGCAUGACUCACAAUGGAUAAUUAAACAACAAGACAGUAAUAAUGUGACUGUCAGUAAUUCAUCCAUUUGACAUCCGAUUAACCACACAGUAUUAUGAUUUCUGCUCAUUUACUGAAAAGAAUAAAAUCAACCGUCUGCACAACCGUCUGAAGACCUUCCACAGUGAUUCACCUUGGAAGUGAUGAGGGAACUAACAGGGCUGUUCACCUAUACAGGAACGGGAAGGAUUGGAAACCAUUUUAAAUCUUGAUGAUACAGACACGACAGGUCUGUGGACAACCUGGAUUACCAUGCCACGCAGAGUACCAGGACGUCCAGCUAGAGGAACUGAUCUGGACAACCCAAAAUGGAUCCAAGCAAGGAGAUGUCCUGCAUCAUCUAUCUCUGUCAACACAAUGGGAGUUUACUCCUGUCCAAUGCCACAAUCAACAAUCCUCUGGUUGGGCCUCAUAGGCAGUGUACUGUUGAGAAGUGGAACAGGUGUGUUGGCAGGAGAGACAUGGGGCAUGGUGUCUAUCUGUCCAAUUCACUGCGUGUGUCGGAAUCUAUCGGAGUCUCUGAGUACACUUUGUGUAAAUAAAGGUCUUCUAUUUGUGCCACCAAACAUCGAUCGCCGCACUGUGGAGCUUCGUCUGGCUGACAAUUACAUCCUGGAAGUGGGAGGAACCGAUUUUGCCAAUAUGACAGGACUGGUUGACUUGACACUGUCACGUAACACCAUCCAUGCUCUAAAACCGUUGGCCUUUGCUGAUUUGGAAAGUUUGCGUUCACUUCACCUGGACACCAACCGUCUCACCGUGGUGGGACCUCAGGAUCUAACAGGUCUUAUUAACCUUCAGCAUCUCAUCAUCAACAAUAACCAGCUCACUAAUGUUUCUGCAGAUGCUUUUGAUGAUUUCUUACAAACCCUGGAGGAUCUGGACCUUUCCUACAACAACUUGCGCAGGGUUCCUUGGGAAGCUAUUCAAAAUAUGGCUAGCCUGCACACUUUAAAUCUGGAUCACAACCUAAUAGACCAGAUUGCUGAGGGUUCUUUCGGUGAGCUCUACAAACUCUCCCGACUGGAUAUGACCUCGAACAGACUACAGACUCUUCCUCCUGAUCCACUGUUUUCGAGAUCCCAGAUUGGGGUUGUCAGUCCAACACCAUACAACUCCAUUAUCAGCCUUAAUUUUGGGGGUAACCCCCUGCACUGCAAUUGUGAGCUGUUGUGGUUGCGAAGACUGAUCCGUGAAGAUGACAUGGAGACGUGUGCCACUCCAGCUCAUUUGGCAGGUCGCUACUUCUGGUCCAUCCCAGAAGAAGAGUUUACUUGUGAGCCUCCUCUAAUCACCCGUAACACCAACAAGUUGUGGGUGCUGGAGGGCCAAAGGGCCACGCUUAAAUGCAGAGCUAUUGGUGACCCUGAGCCAGUUAUACAUUGGGUAUCACCAGAUGACCGUAUAGUGGCCAACUCAAGUCGCAUUCACUCAUACUACAAUGGCACACUGGAUUUUUUAGUGACUCGUGCCAGAGAUGAUGGCACCUAUACAUGUAUUGCCAUCAAUGCAGCUGGAGAAUCCACAGCUCUGGUGGAUUUAAAGAUCAUCCCCCUGCCUCAUCGAGGGAAUGGCACAAUAUCCCUAAUCAACCACAGAGACCCUGGAUCAUCUGACAUUAGCAGUGGGCGGGGAGGGGUUGAAGGAGGAGGGACUGGUGUGGUGACUGUAAGGAAUGUCACUGGGGUCAAGGCAGAAACUGGAGAGAUGGGAGCUGAAAACAGCAAUGGGGGAACCGAGAACUUUGUGGGAGUUCUGGGAGUGACGUCCAACGUAGCCCAGAUCCGCUGGAAAAUGGGUAGAUCUUCGACACCUUUCUUGGUGUGGAUGUAUCAGAUGCAGUACAAUAGCACAGCUGAUGAAGCACUUGUUUACAGAAUUCUGCCUCCAACCAGUAACAGUUUCCUGCUGAAAAAUCUGGUGUCCGGAGCAGACUACAGCCUGUGCGUCUUGGCCAUAUUUGAUGAUGGCAUCUCCUCCUUGGCUACAACAAAGGUGUUGGGUUGCAUCCAGUUCAGCACAAAAGAGGAUUACCCAGAAUGCCGUUCUCUGCAUGCUCACUUCCUGGGCGGCACGCUGACAGUGAUGGUGGGUGGCGUGGUGGUGGUAACCCUUCUGGUCUUUACCGUGGCCAUGAUGGUGCGCCAUCGCGUUUGCGGCGAGUGUCGAGAUGAUGCCAAUCGAUCUGGCAAGUUUUUGCCAGCCAAAGGGGUGGAUGUUUAUGCCCAGACAAACGGAAACAAUAGCAUGAUGAUGGUGGCACUACCAAAUGGAGUCUUGGUCCAAAGAUCAAAAUCAACACUGGACAAAACCAAACACACCAAGUCAGGCUCUAUCCCUAAACCGAAACAGAGCCCAGAGCCACACCAUAGCCGGGGCACGGACACAUCCGGUAGGGUUGAAGGGGCGAAAUGUUUUACUCCACUCACACCAGAGAACGAAAGACUGACGCUCUAUUAUUCCCCGAGUAAUACACUUCCCCUACCUACACACAAGGCUGUAAAGCGAACUGGUAGGAUCAAGUUGCGAAAGUCUCUGGAAAAAGACGGAGACGUGGACAGAGUUUUGGGGAGCAGUCAAGUCUUGGCCUCACUUGCAUUGACACAAGGUGGAGAGGAAAACGGAGAGGGAGAGUCGGACUUUAGGAGGGCACUGAAAACCAAACGAAGCUGCUCUUUCGAUGUGGGCGAAAUCACCACCACAACCUGCUACGGCUACGCCAAGCGACUGAGCGUCAUCUGGACCCGUCGUAGCCAGUCGCUACACGGCAUGCUCGUCCACUGCGCCUCCACCACCAGCACAUCCAGCACGGGGAGCGAGCAGUAUGGACACGCCAUGACACGGGAUUAUUUACAUGCCUUUGCUUCCAACAACUCCUCGAACUCCAACUCAAACUCAACAUCUAACUCGAACAGUAGCAUGACUGUCAAUCCAAGGGACCUUGAGGAAAGUGUGGUGUAGAAAGUGUGGAGUAUUGAGUUAACACGUGCCACAUAAACAACCAAAAGAGACAAAAGAGAACACCAACAAUGAAAAUGAGAUUAAGACAAAUUAUCAGGGGAUAGCAGAGUUGACGAGGAGCACAAAAGAUUGGCUAUUAUGUAAUGACCGCCUUUGUUUCAGCCACAACGUGGCUCAAAAUCAAAUUAUGUAAAGAGAAAAAAUGACAAGUAGGAUUGAGAAAAAAAAAGAAAUGUGAUAGGUCUGUUUUUUUAUGAUGGGCCUAAGGCAUGGGGGAUUACAACCUGAAGCAUCUGUUUCAACAAGAUUAAUUAACCAAUUAAUAAAUUGUUGAAUAAAUCUGCUGCAACUUUAUACUGAAGCAACUCCAUUUGAAUGUUAAUAUGAAGCUGAAACAAGGGUAAUAAAUAUCACAAAAACAAAUUCAAUACCCAGUGAGGGAGACCAUUAUCUGUUAAAAUAUGCAGCUGUGAAGCAGAUCACGCCUGGACCACCUAACAAGGGGAAAUUAUAUAAAUACGCUGUAAAGUGUCUUUUAUUUUGUUGGUUGUGGUUUUCAACGAUUAUUGAAAAACUGGGGGAGUUACAGAGAAAUCAUUUGUUCAAACUGUAAUUCAAUGGUGGUCUAUGAAUAGUCAUAAUUGUUCUUGUCUGAUCAACCUUUUUCCGAAAUCCUAAAAUGAAUAAAAAGCCGUUCUGUUAAACUGA